AUGGCAGAACCCACUACAAAUGACUGGCUUAGUAUAGCUAAAGGUUACUUUGAAAAGACGCAGUUCCCGAAUACUGUUGGUGCAGUAGAUGGAAAACAUAUACGGAUUGAGUGCCCAAAAAGUAGUGGCUCGUUAUACUAUAAUUAUAAACACUUUUUUUCACUGAUUCUUAUGGCUAUUUGUGACUCAAAUUAUUGCUUCCAAAUCAUCGAUGUAGGGUCAUUUGGUAAAGAAAGUGAUUGUAAUGUGUUUAAGACGUCAACGUUUGGUAAAAAACUUUAUGGCGAUAAAUUAAACUUUCCACCUGAACAAUGUCUACCGAACGAUGAACUUGGUUCACCACAACCAUUUGUUCUCGUGGCCGAUGAAGCUUUUGCUCUUCACAAGAACCUAUUACGUCCCUUCCCAGACGUCAGGGAGUAUUUUGUAGAGUACGUCAAUAACCCGAACCAUGCACUUUACUGGCAAAAUACAAUAAUUGGCAAAUAA